UCAAGAUGGAAAAAACUGUCAUGGUUCGCUCGGGGACUUCCAGUUAGAUGUCUCCACAGAUGUGCAUGGUAGCCAACCCGUUCACGAGAACGAGACUAUUCAACAUUUGAUCGACAGACUUGGUCUAAAACACGUACGAUGCUAUCUCCUGGCCAAAUCAGUAGACCUGGAUGAAGAUAAGUCAGCAAGUGACCCUGCAGAAGACAGCCUGGAAGAUCUACCUGAUAUGUUUGCUCACAGACGUCGGAGAGGAGAGGAAAACCUCAUGCCAACAGCCAUUGAUUCGAGCCAAGAGGAGGUACCGAGCACAAGUGACGGCCACCACAUUUCUCAUGGGCAACCUAACUCGGAGCGAUACCGUCCGUUGAAUCAAGGUGAUGAGAUGACAGUUGACAAUGAAGUCAUCGUGCAGACUGCUGAUGACUCAUCGCCCUCCAACAACCCACUGUUGUCCGAAGCUGCUGAAGACCGCGUUGAAUUAGAUGUCCAGUCAGUAUUUGCUGCAACGUUGGACUCGGAUGCUGUGAAUCUCACUCCACCAACCUAUAACAUUCCUGACGAAUUCAUUCAAGAGGACCAACUGGCUCGAUUAAACGACGACGACUCCGGUAUCAUUCAGUUUGGCCCCUUCCCAGCAGCAGUGGAACUGGACUUAAAUGCAACACAGCCAUUGGUAAAAGAAAUAAAAGUGCACCGUGGCAACGUUUGUCAAGAAAUGGUAACAUUUUUCUCGAAAGAGGAGAACGUCAACCUGAGAGGAACAACCUUCGAAGUGAAGAUGCUGAAGUCAGAUGGAAGCACAGAGAUGGCUGAAGACAACGGAGGAGUCUUGAGGGAUGCACUUACUGAGUUUUUCGACAGCUUUUAUUUGCAGUACACAAUCGGCAACUCGGUAGCCGUACCGGUAUUACGCCAUGACAUGACCAAGGUCCAUUGGUCGGCAGUGGGAGAAGUAAUCCGCUUAGCAUUCAGACAGGAGGGAAUUUUGCCGGUCAGGCUUGCUCUGCCUUUCAUGCAACUGGCAUUUUUUGGGACACCCGAUGACCCACUAGACGCGUUCAUGCAAUUGCUCCCGGAUGUCGACCGAUUGCUGCUUGAAGAUGCAAUGAGGAGUGUUUCAUCUGUCGAUGCAGAUGACUUGAUGGAUUUCAUGGAACGACACGAUGCCAGACGAAACCUUACAGACGAGAACAUCGAGAAAUCACUUACCGAGAUGGCAAAUAAGGAGAUGCUUCAAGUACCACUAUUUGUGGCGCUGUGUUGGCGACCAAAGCUGAAAUCUCUCGGCCUCUCACGACUCCAGCUCCGUCAGAUUUAUGACAACCUGAAGCCAUCAACCAGGAAGGUAUUGAACAUAUUGGAAUUUCCCAAACCAAUGAACACAGAAGAAGGCGCCUUGAGUUCCUCACUUAAGAGACUGGUGAGGGAGAUGGAUCAGAAUCUGCUCGGCCUGUUCUUGCGAUUUUGCACAGGGUCCGACCUCGCGGUCAGAGAGAAGAUCACCACCAGGUUCACCGAGUCAGAGAUUCGCUGCCCCACAGCACACACAUGUGGGUGUGUUCUGAACAUUCCGCGCUCGGAUGCGGCACUGCCUUAUAUCACAUUGAAGUCAGAAUUCACCACCCUCCUUCGCAACAGAUACUGGCAAAUGGACAUCAUCUAAAAGCCGUGUCACCCUUCUUCGAUUUCAUUAACAGACAACCUAUAUCAAUCCCCAUACAUGCACUCUUGUUUCACUGCAGUAGUAGUUAAUUAGGUGAUUUGGAAGUGUGCUUUAUGUUAUACAUGAUUUGUAUAUUGUAUUAUGUACGUGCUUGAAACGAAAAGUCAUUUUGUUCUUUUUGUAUCAUCAUGAGGAGAAGUAACCUUCAGUAUAACCUUCAGUAACAGUUGCAUUGCCAUAAUUUUUGUUCAUGAUCUAUUAUGAUGAGAAGUAUCCAUCAGUAACAGUUGUAUUUUUUUCAUUUGCGCUGCCAUUUUGUUCAUUAUGUAUUAUGAUGAGAAGUAUCCAUCAGUAACAGUUGUAUUUUUUUCAUUUGCGCUGCCAUUUUGUUCAUGAUGUAUUAUGAGGAGAUGUAUCCUGCAGUAACAGUUGUAUUUUUUUCAUUUGCGCCGCCAUUUUGUUCAUGAUGUAUUAUGAGGAGAUGUAUCCUGCAGUAACAGUUGUAUUUUUUUCAUUUGCGCCGCCAUUUUGGUUGAGGAGAAGUAACCUUCAGUAUAACCUUCAGUCAGAGUUGUAUUGCCAUAAUUUUGGUUCUUUUUUAAGUAGGCCUAUCCUUCAGUAACAG